AUGACUGCUCCUAUUAUACAGAUUGCAAAUUUACCUGAAAAUGCAGGUGAACAAUUCCUCAGAGACUUCUUAGCUGAUUAUGGUCCUAUUGUAAAGGUUGUAAUUCUUGAACAAUUAAAAAAAAAUACAGCUCUGGUCCAAUUAGGCAGUAUUCAAAGUGCUCUUGCAGCUUGUCAUGAUCUAAACUAUACACGUUUAAACGAAAACCAAUUAGUUUUCACUCCAGCUCUUCCAGAAUAUAUUGAUUUAAUAAAACAACAAGAAUCAACAAUUUUCAUAUCAGGCAUUGCAGAUGGUAUUCAUUCAGAUCAACUUGCAGAAGUAUUUUCCAAUUUCGGAGAUGUAAUUACUGUAAAAAUCCCUACAGAAGAAGAAGUAAAAGGAAUUGCAUAUGUACAAUAUCUUUAUCCAGAGAGUGCCCAACAAGCUAUCGAGCAAUUCAAUGGAGCAGAAAUCCAAGAAAGCGAAAUCAAUAUUAUGAAAUACGAAAGCGUUCAGAAACAUAAGAAGAUCAAAAACAACUUUGACAAAACAUUUACAACAAUACUCAUACAAAACAUACCUGAAUAUGUUACAGAACCAGCAGAUGUUGGCGCAUUUCUGAUUGAUUACGGAACUGUCGUAGCCGCUAGAGUCGUAAAGACAGGCGCAUUUGCAACAAUGUCCUCUCAUGAAGAAGCUGUUAAAGUUAUUAAAGAAUUAAAUGGAAAAGAAAUCGAAGGAAAAACCAUUUCUGUCCUUAGAACAUUAUCACUUGAAGAAAAAGCAGCUUUAUACUCUUCUGCUCAACAACAACAGCGUCAGUAA